UCUGCGGAGCCCCCCGCCCCGCACCUCCCCCGCCCCGCACUGGCCAUUGGCUUGUCCUGGUCUCUUUUUCAUGUCCAGCCCCUGAUGUGUGUCCAUUGGUGUGAGCUUCCCCUUCCCUCCUCCCCUUCUCUCCUGCUCGCCCUGCCCAUGUUUUGUGUGUCUCUGUCCAUCCAGACUCCUGACGUUCAAGUUCGCAGGGACGUCACGUCCGCACUUGAACUUGCAGCUCAGGGGGGCUUUUGCCAUUUUUUUCAUCUCUCUCUCUCUCUCCCUCUAUCCCUCUUCUCUCUUCCUCUCUCUCUCUCUCUCUUUUUUCUUAAAAAAAAAAAGCCAUGACGGCUCUCCCACAAUUCAUCUUCCCUGCGCCAUCUUUGUAUUAUUUCUAAUUUAUUUUGGAUGUCAAAAGGCACUGAUGAAGAUAUUUUCUCUGGAGUCUCCUUCUUUCUAACCCGGCUCUCCCGAUGUGAACCGAGCCGUCGUCCGCACGCCGCUGCCGCCGCCGCCGCCCGCCCCGCAGCCCACCAUGUCUCGCCGCAAGCAAGGCAAACCCCAGCACUUAAGCAAACGGGAAUUCUCGCCCGAACCUCUUGAAGCCAUUCUUACAGAUGAUGAACCCGACCACGGCCCCUUGGGAGCUCCAGAAGGGGACCACGACCUUCUCACCUGUGGGCAGUGCCAGAUGAAUUUCCCAUUGGGGGACAUUCUUAUUUUUAUCGAGCACAAACGGAAACAAUGCAAUGGCAGCCUCUGCUUAGAAAAAGGUGUGGAUAAACCGCCUUCCCCUUCUCCCGUCGUCGAGAUGAGAAAGGCGUCCAACCCUGUGGAGGUCGGCAUCCAGGUCACGCCAGAGGAUGACGAUUGCCUAUCAACGUCAUCUAGAGGGAUUUGCCCCAAACAGGAACACAUAGCAGAUAAACUUCUGCACUGGAGGGGCCUGUCCUCUCCUCGGUCUGCACACGGAGCUCUAAUCCCCACGCCCGGGAUGAGUGCAGAAUAUGCCCCGCAGGGUAUUUGUAAAGAUGAGCCCAGCAGCUACACAUGUACAACUUGCAAACAGCCAUUCACCAGUGCAUGGUUUCUCUUGCAACACGCACAGAACACUCAUGGAUUAAGAAUCUACUUAGAAAGCGAACAUGGAAGUCCCCUGACCCCGCGGGUUGGUAUCCCUUCAGGACUAGGUGCAGAAUGUCCUUCCCAGCCACCUCUCCAUGGGAUUCAUAUUGCAGACAAUAACCCCUUUAACCUGCUAAGAAUACCAGGAUCAGUAUCGAGAGAGGCUUCCGGCCUGGCAGAAGGGCGCUUUCCACCCACUCCCCCCCUGUUUAGUCCACCACCGAGACAUCACUUGGACCCCCACCGCAUAGAGCGCCUGGGGGCGGAAGAGAUGGCCCUGGCCACCCAUCACCCGAGUGCCUUUGACAGGGUGCUGCGGUUGAAUCCAAUGGCUAUGGAACCUCCCGCCAUGGAUUUCUCUAGGAGACUUAGAGAGCUGGCAGGGAACACGUCUAGUCCACCGCUGUCCCCAGGCCGGCCCAGCCCUAUGCAAAGGUUACUGCAACCAUUCCAGCCAGGUAGCAAGCCACCCUUUCUGGCGACGCCCCCCCUCCCUCCUCUGCAAUCCGCCCCUCCUCCCUCCCAGCCCCCGGUCAAGUCCAAGUCAUGCGAGUUCUGCGGCAAGACGUUCAAAUUUCAGAGCAACUUGGUGGUGCACCGGCGCAGCCAUACUGGUGAGAAGCCCUACAAGUGCAACCUGUGCGACCACGCGUGCACACAGGCCAGCAAGCUGAAGCGCCACAUGAAGACACACAUGCACAAAUCGUCCCCCAUGACGGUCAAGUCCGACGACGGCCUCUCCACAGCUAGCUCCCCGGAACCUGGCACCAGCGACCUGGUGGGCAGCGCCAGCAGUGCGCUCAAGUCAGUGGUGGCCAAGUUCAAGAGUGAGAACGACCCCAACUUGAUCCCAGAGAAUGGGGAUGAGGAGGAAGAGGAGGACGACGAGGAAGAAGAGGAAGAGGAGGAAGAGGAGGAGGAGGAGCUGACGGAGAGCGAGAGGGUGGACUACGGCUUCGGGCUGAGUCUGGAGGCUGCGCGCCACCAUGAGAACAGCUCUCGGGGCGCAGUGGUGGGCGUGGGCGACGAGGGCCGCGCCCUGCCCGAUGUUAUGCAGGGCAUGGUGCUCAGCUCCAUGCAGCACUUCAGCGAGGCCUUCCACCAGGUCCUGGGCGAGAAGCAUAAGCGUAGCCACCUGGCCGAGGCCGAGGGCCAUAGGGACACUUGCGACGAAGACUCGGUGGCCGGCGAGUCAGACCGCAUAGACGAUGGCACUGUUAAUGGUCGUGGCUGCUCCCCCGGCGAAUCGGCUUCGGGGGGUCUGUCCAAAAAGCUGCUGCUGGGUAGCCCCAGCUCACUGAGCCCCUUCUCCAAGCGCAUCAAGCUGGAGAAGGAGUUUGAUCUGCCCCCGGCCGCGAUGCCUAACACGGAGAACGUGUAUUCGCAGUGGCUCGCUGGCUAUGCGGCCUCCAGGCAGCUCAAAGAUCCCUUCCUUACCUUCGGAGACUCCAGACAAUCGCCUUUUGCCUCCUCAUCAGAGCACUCCUCGGAGAACGGGAGCUUGCGCUUCUCCACGCCGCCCGGGGAGCUGGACGGAGGGAUCUCGGGGCGCAGCGGCACGGGAAGUGGAGGGAGCACGCCCCAUAUUAGUGGUCCGGGCCCGGGCAGGCCCAGCUCAAAAGAGGGCAGACGCAGCGACACUUGUGAGUACUGUGGGAAAGUCUUCAAGAACUGUAGCAAUCUCACUGUCCACAGGAGAAGCCACACGGGCGAAAGGCCUUAUAAAUGCGAGCUGUGCAACUAUGCCUGUGCCCAGAGUAGCAAGCUCACCAGGCACAUGAAAACGCAUGGCCAGGUGGGGAAGGACGUUUACAAAUGUGAAAUUUGUAAGAUGCCUUUUAGCGUGUACAGUACCCUGGAGAAACACAUGAAAAAAUGGCACAGUGAUCGAGUGUUGAAUAAUGAUAUAAAAACUGAAUAGAGGUAUAUUAAUACCCCUCCCUCACUCCCACUUGAUGCCCCCCCUUUGACCCCUUCCCCAUUGUCCUUCUAGCCCUACUCCCUGUAGGAUUUUUUCUAGUCCCAUGUGAUCAAACAAACAAACAAACAAACAACAAAAGUAAUGGAAGCUAAGAAUAUGAAUGAGUGCUUGUCACCAGCACACCUGGUUUUUUGUUUUUUGUUUUUCCUUUUUUUUUCCUUUCUUUUCUUUUAAUUUUAAAUUUUUUAUGUUCUCACCGUUUGAAUGCAUGUUUGGGGCAAUACUGUUGCAUUUUACGCAAACUUUGAGCCUUUCUCUUGUGCAAUAAUUUACAUGUUGUGUAUGUUGGUUUCCCCCCCCUAACUUAGACAGCAUGUAUGGUAUGUUAUGGCUAUCUUAAAUUGUCCCUAAUUCAUUAUGAGCAAACAUGUUGCUGUUUCCAGUUCCGUUCUGAGAGUGUGAGAGAGGGAGGGUAAAACACAAACCACGCUGCAUAAUUCUGUAAUACAUAUCAUGUACAGCUUUAUUUUAUAACACGAGGAGGGAAACAGUGUUUGGGUUAACUAACCCUCUACAGACAGAACAGAUAGCACUGAAAAAAAAAACGUGCUAAAUGUCUGUCUCUAAAGGGUUACAUGUAUUAAUUGGAGAGGGGAAAAAGGCCUUGAAUUGACAAAUUAACAGAACAAGUUUAUUCUAUCAUUUGGCUUUUAAAACGAGUGCCUUGGAUCUAUUCAAACCAUGCUGAUGGUUUUUCCUGCUUGUUAUGAACUUAUAGCUUAAUCCAGCAUUGGGUGAGGUAAUAAACUUUAGCACCUAGCAUGUAAUUCUGUGUUGUAUUUCUCACAACGAUGGCUACCUAAAAAUAUGACCCACUAUGUCCUAGCCAAUCAUCAAUUUUUGCCUUUAACUUUGUGAACAAAAACUGAUUAUACCAGUAUGAAAGCUACUCUGCUCCUGGUGAGAGCAUACAAGAAGUGGGCUGUUUUGCCUAAAGUUUUAUUUUAUUAUUUUUUUAAAUGGUUAUCAAAUUGAAUGUGAAAUGUGCAAAGGCCCUGGAAUGUGAUGAAAUACAUUAGCAAUAUUAGCAAGAAGUUCAUCUUAUGACGAUACUUGUUUAAAACGAUACAUUUAAAUGCAAUUCUGGCGCCAAAAGUAGUAGAUCCAGCUCCAGUUGGUUGUCGAAUGGACAAUCGAAUGAUAAAUGUAAGCCCUUUAGAGGACAUUUGAAAGAACAGGCUGAUAUGGUGAGAGAGAGAGAGAGACAGGGAGAGAGAGAGAGACAGAGACAGAGACAGAAAACAGUAGUUGAUUAGCACAAUGUGGUACUGUUUGCCAUUUGAAACUAGAACAGGUAUAUAAGCGCUAGUGAUACAAUGAUGAUUAACUAUGAAUCUCUAAGACUUACAUUUAAUGUGACAUUCUUCAAAAAAAAAAAAAAAGAGGAAGACCUUGAGCAGCAGUAUCUGUGUCUGUGCUCCCUAGAAGGGGCACUUCAUUUCUUUCCCAUACACUGUGUGCUAUCUGUGUUUAACAUGGAAGAGGAUUCGUUGUUGUUUAUUUUAUUUUAUUCUUUCUCUUUCUUUUUUUCUUCCUUCUUUGUUUUAAGCCAGCAUCUGCCCCAGUUGGUGUUCAAAUAGCACUUGACUCUGCCUGUGAUGCCUGUAUCUUUUCUCUAAUCAGAGAUACAGAGGCUGAGUAUAAAAUGAGCCUGCUCAGAUAGGACAAUUAAGUGCACUGUACCGUUCUCCCAGUUUACAGGUCUUUAUUAAGGGAAACGUGGUAAGAAUGCUGAAAAAAAAUUGAACACAAUCUCCAUGAUGAGGAUUAAAAAAAAUAAAAAAACAAACAAACAAACCUAAAAAAAACUAAGACAAACGUUGCCAGCCAUUCGCGUGACUAAUGAGCUUGCUCACGUGGACGCAACCCCGCAAGCGCUGUGGACGGAAACAACAUACUUAACACAGAAACGAAUGACUUUCGCUUCUGCAGUGCAAGGAUUUUUGUACAAAACUUUUUUAAGUAUAAAUGUUAAGAAAAGAAUUUUUAAAUAGACACUUCAUUACGUUUAGGGGGAAGAGCAUUUUAGGGUUCCAUUGUCUUGGUGGUGUUACAAGACCUGUUAUCCAUUUAAAAAUGGUCGUGGAAAUUCUACGCCUUGGAUCACACACCGCUCUUCAGGUUGUAAAAAAAAAAAAACAAAAAACAAACAAAAAAAACCAACAAAAAAAAAAACAUACAUGGGGAAAGGUUUAAGAUUAUAUAGUACUUAAAUAUAGGAAAAUGCACACUCAUGUUGAUUCCUAUGCUAAAACACAUUUAUGGUCUUUUUUUCUGUAUUUCUAGAAUGGUAUUUGAAUUAAAUGUUCAUCUAGUGUUAGGCACUAUAGUAUUUAUAUUGAAGCUUGUAUUUUUAACUGUUGCUUGUUCACUCAAAAGGUAUCAAUGUACCUUUUUGUUAGUAGAAAAAAAAAGACAGGCUGCCACAGUAUAUUUUUUUAAUUUGGCAGGAUAAUAUAGUGCAAAUUAUUUGUAUGCUGAGAGAGAGAGAGAGAGAGAGAGAGAGAGGUGUGACAUUGUACAGAGAAGCCAUAUAAUGGCAGUUUGGGGAGCCUGCUAGAAUGUCACAUGGAUGGCUGUCAUAGGGGUUGUACAUAUCCUUUUCCCCUUUCUUGCUGCCAUGCUGUAUGCAGUACUGCAAGCUAAUAGCGUUGGUUUGUUAUGUAGUGUGCUUUUGCCCCUCCCCCAUCACCCGACAUUCCAGCAUCUUACCUUCAUAUGCAGUAAAAGAAAGAAAGAAAAAAAAGGAAAAAAAACAAUGUUUUGCAGUUUUUUUCAUUGCCAAAAACUAAAUGGUGCUUUAUAUUUAGAUUGGAAAGAAUUUCAUAUGCAAAGCAUAUUAAAGAGAAAGCCCGCUCUAGUCAGUACUUUUUUGUAAAUGGCAAUGCAGAAUAUUUUGUUAUUGGCCUUUUCUAUUCCUGUAAUGAAAGCUGUUUGUCGUAACUUGAAAUUUUACCUUUUACUAUGGGAGUCACUAUUUAUUAUUGCUUAUAUGCCCUGUUCAAAACAGAGGCUCUUAAUUUGAUCUUUUAUUUUUCUCUGUUUUUAUUAUUUUUUUUAUUUGGAUGACCAAAGGUCAUUGCAACCUGGCUUUUUACUGUAUUUGUUUCUGGUCUUUGUUAAGUUCUAUUGGAAAAACCACUGUCUGUGUUUUUUUGGCAGUUGUCUGCAUUAACCUGUUCAUACACCCAUUUUGUCCCUUUAUUGAAAAAAAAUAAAAAAAUUAAAGUACAACGUAAGCUUCUUGUGUCCUCAUUUGACACACGCUGUAAAUUACUGUCAACAAAUAACAGGUUUUCAGAGAAGGCCAGUCAGUCUUUUUCAGGGUCAUUUCUAUGGGCAUUUUGAUGUGUGUAUUAUACCCUAAAGGAGCAUAAUAUACUUACUAUUAUUAAAAUAGAUAUACCUCAAGUCAUGGAAGGAGUUUUAGGCAUUUAUAAUUUCAGAUCAUUUGGAAGGUAAUUCUUGUACACUGUUCAAAACUUCUGCUCCGUCCUUAGUGGGAUCCACUAGCUACCUGUGAGCCCGGAGCCGCCCCUCAGUUGUCUCCUUUGGAUUUCCUGCUGUGCCUGUCGUGUCUAAAAGUCCUUUCUGUUCUUCCAUUAUUUCCCUGUUUUAGAAUGUGAUGCCAAAAAAGGGAGCCCUUAAACAAAUAGCUCCCUAUUCUGCAUAAUGACCUUUCCUCAUACUAAAAAUGACCUUUCCCCUCAACCCUAAACAUCCAGAAAGAAAGGCAGCAAAUAUAUUAAAUCCAUUAAAUAAUAAUGAUUAAAAAAAGGCGAGGGGAGGACAAUUAUAGGAAGAAUAAAGCAGAAACCAGUGGCCUAGGCUGAGGCAGGGCGAGCUAGGUCUUGGGAGACCACUGCUGAGCACCUAAGCUGCGCCGUGGUCUGCCUCAUGGCUCUGAAAUUCUGCGGUCUGUACACACUGUAGAUUGUUUUAGGCAUAUAUAUGUAUAUGUAUGUAUAUAUAUGUAUGUACAUAUAUAUGUAUGUAUAUAUAUGUAUAUACAUACAUAUACAUAUAUAUGUAUACACACACACACGUGCUUGUAUCUUGCUGGUGGUGGCCAAUGAGGGUAGAUAGAUAACCCUUCAGUUAAUUAUCUUUUCAUAUUUUGCAAUUACUUGAAAGGCAGGCUAGGUCUGUUUUAAAAGCCCUCUCCUUAGAAAUCUGUGCUGUUGGUUUUGCAACUGCUGCAUGUUGCAGCCUCCGUUUGCUUUAUUAUAGAGCCGGUGUCUCUGUGGUGCUGUCUCCUGGUCCCAGUGUAGGUGAAUGGAUCCCACAGCAUUUGUUUUUGUAAACCCCCCCCCCCAACAAAAGCUGUUCCGUUGUCCUCCCGUGGUAGUGUUUUUUUGUUGUGUGGUUCUUUCCCAGUGGUGACUGUGAAGUGGUCUUUCCAUGUAAUGUCUUUUAUCCCAAGUCAGGAUACUUUUAUCUUUUUAAGUAUUGAUGAAGUAAGGUGUUUGGCUCUUAUUUUUAUUUUGUAAGUCAGCUUGAAUGAGAAAGGGAACCACACGGAGGGGAGUUGGAUUUAUUGUACAGGUGGCAAGAUGGGGUGGAAUGGAUGAGAACCAAGCACCUUUGGAGAAGUUGGUAUUUGUCAGUGAACUGAGGAAGAACUGUUUUCAGUUGGGUACCAAACUAAUUCCAAAACAAAUAGAAAUAUUUCCCUGUGCCUUGUCAUCUCUAGAUGACAAGAUGAUGUCAACGGAUGUCUCACCAUAUUAAAUGUCCAUAUAGCUUCUGCAUGUCCCUAUUGGGCUUUCGAGGGGAGCUCGAAGUGCAGCUGUGCAGAUUUUAUAUACAGUACUUACUUUAAUUCCUCAGUAUACAAUGCUCUUAGUGUAAUUAGAUUUUGCGUCCUGACAGACAGGAUUAAUGGUGGAUACGAUAUCCUUAUAGGUUGAGAUAUCUUAAAUCAAAUUGGGAACAGGGAGGAGCACAAAUAUCUGGUGAUAAAUCACAGAUUAUGCUUGAUUUACAUGGUCCCAAAGUUAAAUAAAUUUGUUGGGAGACAGCUUCUCCAGGCUCUAUCGCCUUCUGACUUAUUGCAACCUUCUGAUAAAAUAUUAUUUCCGAAGCUCAGCGAGCAAUGGGGGGCAUGGAACUUUAGACACCAAAAAUAGGGCUUCCAUGUGAUAUUUCCUAUCCUGAACCCAAACCCUUUCUUUCAGUUGUACUAGGAAGCAAUCUAAAGACACAAGUUUCCCACUGUGGUGUGCAUUACUGUCACUGAGAAUUCUCAGUUAAGGUUGUGUACGUCUUGGCACACUAGAAUGUAUGUGAGCCCCUGGCGUCUAGCAUGCGCCAAAGGGAAUGUUUUUAAAAGCCCUCUAUUUGAGAAAAACUUAACAAGCAGGAAUACAGCAACUGCUAUUAUUGCACAUUUUAAUUCCUAAAUGCUCCAGUGUGAGUGGACCCUUCCUGAGACCAUAUUCUCCCCUCCUGGUAGGAUCUUCAGGAAGUCUGAAUCCAACACGUUUUAAAGGUUGCUAAGACAUGGGGUGAACGAGGUACUUCGUGUGUACCAGCCGGAGCAGGAAGUGUGAAGUAGUUGAUUUCUUUCCCUUAGGGUGUUCUGUGGAUAAAACUGUUUAUUUAAAUACCAUUUUGUAUAUGCAAUAAGUCCAUAUUGUAUAUAUUCAUAAUGGUUGAAGUGAGAAUUUAGAAAGUGGUGGCGGGAAGGGAGACUAGAUACUAUUUUGUCUGCAAAACUAAGGAGACAAGGCUGCUUAGCCACAGACACUAGGAGCUGGGCUGAAAGGUACCACAUCCUGGGACCAUCCUGAGAAGAAAUUGAGAAGCCCCUGGGCCAGUCUUGACAUCUUAGCACCUCACCCUCAGAGUUAGGAAGGAAAUCCAGUGUUUUCUGUAGGGAUACUCCCUUUCCUCCCCACACAAGCAUGGUUUCUGACCCCUGUGGCCAUCCCUGUGGAAUGGCUACUUCCUUGUACCCUGGCCUAGCAUGUUCUGGAGUAUUUUUUAAAGUUGUGGGGAUUUUGCUGCGAUUGGCAGUGUUCUUUCAACCUACUUGGGGAAUUAUAUUUUGAGAGAAUGCUACCAUUGAAAGCUAUGGUCUCUAUUUAGUGUCUUCCUGAGCCUCUUCCAAGGCUUGCCCAGAACUCUUUGUUGUUGUUUUGUUUUGUUUUGUUUUUAAGAAACAGCCACUAGAGUGCAUAGGCUGUACCCCAGGGCUGCCGCCCCAGCGCACUGGCGCUGUAGACAGGGUGCCUGGACACUCUCAGUGGUUUUCCUGAAACUCGUUAGCCCACUUGUUAGCCUGCCAUCACUCGCUACAGCACUGGGAAUCAGUCUUUGGGGAAGGAGUCCGGCCUGAUUCUAAUUCUCUGUGUCAUGGGAAGAGCAGAUUCCUCCAUCCCUCUCAGAUGGGAAAAGGAGCCAAUACAGUUCACAAGGGUCAUUGUACUUAAGUAACCAGACUUGACUGAACACAACUCUAUGAUUGAUCAGAAUACUUUUUCCUUUCUGUCGCAUGGCAAAAAAAAACAAAAAACAAAAACAAA